UGCUACCUGCUACUGAUAAACGGAAGCUCAGCGGCCAAGAUGAAUAUCAAUGGUCUCAACGUUACUUUAAUCCUGUUGUUGGCGGUAGCAACCUUAUUAAUGUGUUGUAGUUAGAUAGUUUUUGUGAAACACUGACACACGGUCCUUUUUACCAUUAAUGAAAGGACCGUGGCACUCGAGUCUCGCUUUGUUUACACUGCAGCAGAUGGUUAACGGCGUAGAUUAGCUACUUUGUUACGUGCAGUAAUAAUGGAAUCCCAAUGUGAGUAUGUCAUGUACUUUCCCGCCGCUCCAAUAUCGAGUCUGUCAGAUCCGGCGCAGUAUACAACUCUUCCGCGGCGAAAGCACGUCUACCUCGGGGAGGUGGUCCAGUUCCUGCUGGUCCUGCGGUCUCGGACCGCGGCGGGGAGGAGGGAUGACAGCUCCGGUGUUUUACCCUGGAAGGACCUGGCUGGUUCUCUCUUAGCUCUGGCGAGUGUGAGCGUCGCCGAGAGCCGGCAGCAGAGACCCGACGAGUACCAGCCAGACAUACAGAGCACCUGCAGUGAGGACGAAGGAGGGGAAGAGGAGCCCGGGGAGAAGGAGGCUGGAGGGAAAAACGAGCGGACUUUCAGACAGUGCAGCCCGCAUCUCAUUCACAACAGCUCGGCUAGUGAUGGGCGGCAGCAUGGAAGGGAACCGGUGAAGUCUGCUCUGGUGCUAGAUGACCAGGUUAUCUUCUGUCUCACUGUCUCUUUGGACAAGCUGCCAGUCAACACACUUAAAGCCAAGAUUAUAGUGACUGUGUGGAAGCAGCAGGAGGAGAAGGUGGAGGUGAGGGAACAUGGCUACCUCACUCUUCUGCAGCUCAGGAGUCCAACACACACCUUCAGACAGGACCUCAACACCUUCAAGGCACAAGUUAGCACCAUCCUGAAUGUUCUUCCACCGCCUAGCGUGCAGUGUCAGCUCAUGGCUGUCUCUGGAAAACACCUGACUGUCCUCAAAGUGUUGAACUGCAGCUCUCAGGAUGAGGUGUGUGUCAAAGAUGUGAAGAUUCUGCCCAACUAUAACUCGUCCUACCUCCCCAUGAUGCCAGAUGGUUCAGUUCUCAUAGUCGACAAUGUCUGCCACCAAUCAGCUGAGGUAACUGUGGCUUCAUUCUAUCGGAUAGACAGUGAGUCAUCACGUUUACCCAGCAUGCUCAGCGCCCUGGAGGAGCAGAACUUCCUGUUCCAGCUGCAGCUACAAGACAAAGCAGAGGAGGACUCCAGUGAGGGUUUGGAAAUUCCGUUGGUGGCUGUGUUACAAUGGUACACUCCAACACUGCCUUUAACGAGAUACAUCUCCAGUUGUUACUCACUGCCCAGUAUCCGCCUGGAUCGUCCUCAGCUGGUGAUGACAGCUUCCUGUCCUAGUGCUGUCAAGCCUCUGGAGCACUUCUGGGUAAAAUACACCCUACUUAACAACUUGCAGGACUUCCUGGCCGUCCGUCUGAUCUGGAAUUCGGAUGCUGAUAGAGGAGGCCAGCAGGACCACAGGGUGGGGGCAGUGGUGUGCCAGUCUCCCCUCAACAACCUGGGACAGUGUAGGAAGGGCUCCACCAUCUCCUUCACUGUGGCCUUCCAGAUCCUCAGGACUGGACUCUUUGAGCUGAGCCAGCACAUGAAACUGAAGCUCCAGUUCACAGCCUCAAUGUCCACUCCUCCCGUGGAGCCUAGAUCCCCACUGAGGAACUCUCCAUCGUCAUCGUCCAGCCCUACGGCCAGAGAGCUGCUGGAGAGACACAGCCUGGGCCGAUCGCAGAGCUUCUCCCACCGGCAACCGUCCAGGUCACACCACGUCAGGUCAGGCAGUGUGAUGGAGUGUAGAGCCAUCACCCCUCCCGUCGGACCUCCAGCGAGCAGAGGCCCAUACCUGCCUCCUGACCACACCCUCAUUUCACUGGACAAAAUAGCCAAGAGAGAGUGUAAGGUGUUAGUGCUGGAACCAAUCCAAGAGGCACACAGCAGGUGA